AUGGCAACUCCUCCGAGAUUCCCGUCGCUUUCCCCUGAUCAAAGCCAGAACACGAGUCGUGAGGCAGACGACGUCGAGUUGAACGAGAUGCGCAGCGGCCUCGAGCCUAGGCGAGAUGCACCGUCGCCACGUCCACUUUCGGAGAUAACCUUGAUUGGGACUUCGCCCACGUAUGCUGUUCCCCCAUACUCCAUCGGUCAGAUCGAUGGAGCCAGCGGCCCAGCGACGACGACUCGUUCUGUGCGCUUUCGACUCGACGAACCUGACCAAACUCGAGUGCAGAGAGCUCUGUGGCGGAGCAGAAUUCGAGGUACCUUGGAGGCGACUGUGAAAAAGUUGAUUUUUCUGAGUUACUUUACAUCCAAUGCCGCCAUGUUGAUCCGCAUGGCUAUCAAGGCGUCCCACGGCACACAAAUGCAAUAUGACGAGGCCCUGGGCUGGGCGUUUCUGCAGUUCUUGAUGCUGAUCGUCUUGUUGCUUCGAUAUCUCUGGUUCAGCAUCAUGGCAUCUCAGAUGGGCCUACCAGGCAGUCUCAGGCUCGCUGCUGCGUGUGGUGGCACCUUGUUUCUGGGUGGCGGACUCGGAGUCUUACCACUUUUCUUCAUCUAG